ACCUGUGCGAUGGAGUCUCCUUGGGAUGACGAUGCAACAGCUCAAACGGCUAGUGACGCCGAAUGGGAUAAGAUCUCGUCUGAGUUUACCAACGCGGGUUAUCGGGAAGGCAUCACCGCUGGCAAGGAAUCGGCGCUGCAAGAGGGCUUCGACGCCGGCUUCGCUCAAGUCGGCGUACCGCUGGGCCGGGAAAUAGGGCACCUGCGCGGCAUUGUCUCUGCCGUCAUCUCUUUUCUCCAGUCUACUUUCUGCGAACGAGCGGACAAAGAUGCACUACUUGCAGAAGCCCGCGAAAUCUCUGCCAGUCUGGCCGACGUGCGCUUCUCAGACAUCGCCCCGCGCGAUCUCGAGGCGGAGGCACACGCACGUGAGCAUCUCGCGCUGGACAAUGACGACGAAUAUGGCGUCGACGAGGGACCCUGA